AUGUACGUUGCAACAAAUACUCCAAAGAAUGAAAAUGAGACCAAUCGCCUUGACGUCGCGUUCACUCGUGUUGAAAAUCUUGAGGAGAUGACGCGUAAGGAAAACAUAGCACAUAAUGGUCAAGUGGUGUCCAUGACGGAAUUCUUUUCGUAUGCCGAUGGUAUUGACAAGGUACUUAUGCUAUUGGGCACCAUUGGCGCCUUAGCUACAGGUGUUUCCCAACCUAUUCAGAUCGUGCUCUUUGGUGAUGCACUGAAUACAUUUAACCCCGAGAGCUCAGAGACUGCAGAAGUUGAGAAUAAUAUUGAAAGCGUUGCACUAAAUUUUGUCUGGGUCGGACUUGCCGUUUUUGUAGCUGGUAGCUUUCAAGUUGCAUGCUGGACGAUCACCGCUUCACGUCAAGCGAAACGGAUUCGAAGCGAGUAUGUGAAUGCUAUUAUGACGAAAGAAAUUGGUUGGUUUGAUGUGAACGAACCAAUGCAAUUGGGAUCUCGUGUUGCCGAAGCGACCGUAACUAUUCAAGAGGGAAUGGGACGCAAAGUUGGCGAUGGACUCAAUUUUUUCUCCAUGGCAGUGUCAGGAAUAGUCAUCGGACUCGUGAAAGGCUGGGAGCUGGCUCUGAUCUUGCUCGCUUUUACACCAUUUAUUGCCUUUACUGCGUUCUUGUCCAUGAAGGUUCUAUCAACUGCUACUCAGGCAGGUCUGGAGUCGUACGGGAAAGCUGGUGCUGUGGCGCAGGAAGCACUGAGUAAUGUGCGCACAGUGCACAUGUUUAACUCGAUUAACCAUUUUAUUGCCAAGUAUGAAGAUGCAUUGGGACUGUCGACAAAAGCUGGAAUCAAAAAGGGAUUUGCUGUUGGCUGGGGCACAGGCCUUAUGUUUGGCACGGUGUUCUGCACGUACGCAGGUGGAAUGUACUUUGGCGCACUAAUGGUGGCAAAUGACAAUCUGGACGGCAACAAAUGCACUGGAAACGGCUGCUAUGAUGGUGGUCGAGUGCUCACGGUCUUCUUUGCAGUUAUCAUGGGCGCCAUGGCUCUUGGACAAGCUGCUCCAAGUGCCGAGGCGAUCACUUCGGCGCGUGCUGCGGCGUUGCCAGUGUUUCAAACUAUCAAUCGUCCGUCACGCAUCAACCCGAUUAGUGACGAGGGCAAAAAGCUCGACAAGGUGAUGGGUCGCAUUGAGAUUGAAAAGGUCUCGUUUGCAUACCCGUCGCGACCAGAAGUACAAGUAUGUAGCAACUAUUGCUUGACAAUUGAACCUGGAGAGACGGUGGCUCUUGUUGGUCCUAGUGGGAGUGGCAAAAGUACAAUAGUAUCGCUUCUCGAGCGCUUUUACGAUCCGCUAAGCGGUACAGUAAAAAUUGACGGAGUGGAUGUGCGUACGUUGAACACAAGAUGGUUGCGCUCUCAGGUCGGACUGGUAGGCCAAGAGCCAUCGCUCUUUGCAACUUCAAUCAUGGAAAACAUUCGCUACGGCUGUCCUUCAGCUACAGACGAGCAAGUUAUUGAGGCGGCAAAGAUGGCUAAUGCAUACGACUUUAUUAAAGAGUUUCCCCAGGGAUUCCAGACUGAAGUUGGCGAGCGCGGUGCUCAACUCUCAGGUGGACAGAAGCAACGAAUUGCUAUUGCUCGUGCUAUCAUUAAGAAUCCGCCAAUUUUGUUGUUGGACGAAGCUACUAGUGCUCUCGACACGGAAAGUGAGCGCAUUGUGCAAGCGUCACUAGACGAACUGGUGGCUAACUCAACCCGAACUACGAUCAUUGUUGCUCACCGACUGUCUACUAUACGCAACGCCAGCCGUAUUGCAGUGCAUAGCGGCGGUUCAAUCGUGGAAAUUGGCUCGCAUGAAGAAUUGAUGAAGCUGAAAAAUGGGCACUAUCGUCUCUUAGUUGACACUCAAAACCGCGUUGCGACUGAGAAGAAAGAGGGAAGCGGUGCUGAAGUGAUGAGUACUGAAGGCAAUGAAAGUGCUGACGACCCGCACCUUCGUUCUGGUCUGCCUUCGCAACGAUCGAUUAGUCAACACAGCAAAUCUGAGAAUGAAGAUGCUGUUGCAGGGAGUGACAAAGAAGUAGGAGACGUCGAUCUCCCUCCUGUCUCGAUGGGUCGAGUCUGGAAGAUGUCGUUACCGGAGUGGAAAUUCAUGUUUGUCGGUUCAAUUGGCGCCAUUGUAAAUGCUGCAGUAUUUCCGGUGUGGGGCGUUCUAUUGGCAAAGAUUACGGCGCUUUUCUUUCGCCUUGACUACACAAAGAGUGAGAUGUUGGAUGAGGCGCGGUGGUGGGCACUUGGCUUUGUUGGCUUGGGAAUCAUUUUUACUAUUUCGAUCACCUUGCAACAUUACGGAUUUGCGGUAGUCUCACAGAACCUCGUGACGCGCGUUCGAUUGGCAACUUUCAGCGCGAUGCUGCACCAGGAAAUUGGUUGGUUUGACUUGGACGAGAACUCGUCUGGUGCUUUAAUAUCUCGUUUGGCAACAGACUCUGCGGUUUUGCAGACUAUGACUUCCGAUACGCUUAACAGAGGAUUGGUGAAUGUCACCACGCUCACCAUAGCCUUUGCAAUCGCGUUCUUCUACAGCUGGCAAAUGACUCUCAUUCUGCUAGCGAUUUUUCCAGUGUUGGUCGCAUCCUCGUUUAUUCAGGCCCAGGCAAUGGCAGGUACAUCCGGCAACAAGAAGAACAACGAUGCAGACACGGCGGCAGGCUCCCUGCUCUCCGAAGCGAUCAGCUCAAUCCGAACUGUAGCUUCAUUUAGCAUGGAAGUUGCGGUAAACACGUUGUAUGCGGGCUAUUUGAACGUCUCGAAGCAAGCUGACAUCAAGAUUGGCAUCGUCGGAGGCAUGGCGUUCGGUUUAUCACAGGGAUCAAUGUUCCUGGUCAUGGCUUUGCUCUUCUAUGUUAGUGGACGCUGGAUCUCGCGCGGCAUUGUCACGUUUGAGGAUUUUUUUAUGGUUUUGAUGGUGAUCAUGCUUAGCACAUUUGCCAUAGGUAUGGCAGCUCAAGGCGCAACGGAUGGAGCCAAGGCCAAGCGUUCGGCCCAGCGUGUGUUCAAAGUUAUUGACCGGAAGCCAACUAUUGAUGCCACAUCUGGCACUGGACGCUCGUUGGAUCAUGUGGACGGUGAUAUUGAAUUCCGCAACCUCGAGUUUGCAUACCCUGCACGUCCUGAUGCCAAAAUCUACACGAACUAUAGUCUGAAAAUUGCUCGCGGCCAGACUGUCGCCCUUGUGGGUGCUAGUGGAAGCGGCAAGAGUACGGCGAUUUCACUGUUAGAGCGAUUCUACGAUCCAUCUGCUGGUGUAGUGACACUAGACGGCACCGAUCUCAAGGAACUGAAUCUUCAAUGGCUGCGUGAGCAUGUAUCUCUCGUGAGCCAGGAGCCAGUGCUGUUUGCGGGAACGAUUGCGGAGAACAUUGAGCUUGGAAAGCCUGGUUCGAGUCGGGAGGAGAUCAUGGACGCAGCAAGGAAGGCGAACGCGUUUGACUUUAUCAGCAAUUUUCCAAACGGCUUUGACACGGAUGUUGGUGACCGAGGAGCACAAGUGUCUGGCGGUCAGAAGCAACGUAUUGCAAUUGCCCGUGCGAUUCUGCGUGAUCCAGCCGUUUUGUUGCUGGACGAAGCUACCAGUGCUCUCGACAAUGAGAGCGAGCGUGUGGUGCAGGCGUCUUUGGAUCGAUUGCUAUCGCUCAAGCAGCGCACGACAAUCAUUGUAGCACACCGUCUCUCGACCAUUCGUAAUGCGAAUCUCAUUGCUGUGACGCACGAUGGUACGAUUGUAGAACAAGGUACACACGACCAACUUAUGCAAUUGCCUAAUGGUAUCUAUAAGGGACUUGUAGCACGUCAAGCGACUAAAUAG